GUUCUUGUAAAGUUCAACUCCUCCACGCUCUGAAGAUUUGCAACCUUUUGUCUCUUCUCUGCCACUGAGACACGAUGCCCGUGAGGAAAAGGCUCCGUGGGAGCACACACGCUGUCGGUCGUUUUCCAACCGUGGGCUUUUCCGACGAGGCAGACACGAGAGUGGAACCAGAGGAAGAGAAGAAAGAUGAGCUGAAGGAAAACGUGUGUAGCCGGUGGUUCCGCAAGGCCUGUUGGUACUGCUCCCGUAAAAGCAAGGAAGAAGAAGACCUCACGAACACAGUGGUCACUGGGGUGGAUGAGACCGACGAGAACGACGAAAACAACGAGAACAACGAGGACACAACAGAGGACAAGCCCGAUCCUGGGGGUGAUAAUGACAAUGAGCUGGAAGCCCUUGUCCUCAAAGUUACAUCUAUAGACCUCCUGAAAGGCAAAUCGGGGCAGAACCACAUGGCCCAUCGCACACAGCUGUACCAGAGCAAAGACUUGAUCAUCCGAAGAGGACAGACCUUCCAGAUGUGGAUCACUUUGUCUCGACCUUAUGACCAUAACACCGACAAAAUCCACCUGGAACUCAAAAUAGGUUCAGUGCCAAUGGUGUCCAAAGGCACCCAUGUAAUCAUCCCCCUGGUGGAGAAGCUGGAGGACAAUCGCUGGGUGGCCACUGUCAUCAAACAGGAAGACAAAAGGCUGUUACUCUCAGUUUAUUCUCUUCCAACGGCAAAUAUUGGACAAUACCAACUCACAGUGCAUACAUUGUAUCCCAAUGGGAAAGCCAUAUUCGAGCUGGACCCAGCCAACAAAGUCUCCAUACUCUUUAACCCUUGGUGUGCAGAGGACACAGUUUUUAUGGACUCAGAAGAUGAGAGGCAGGAGUAUGUGUUGAACGACGUUGGGCUCAUUUACUACGGCACUGAGCUGCAGAUUGGAUACCGAACCUGGGACUAUGGACAGUUUGCAGAUGGGAUUUUGGCUGCAUGUUUCUACAUCAUGGAGAAGAGUGGAACUCCUGCAUCGGGGUGGGGAGACCCAAUAAAUGUUGUCAGGAUUGUUUCAGCCAUGGUGAACUCAGUGGAUGAUUUUGGAGUAAUCCAAGGAAACUGGUCAGGAAACUAUGCAGAUGGCUCCGCUCCGACAGUGUGGACCGGGAGUAUGGAAAUCCUCCGGCAGUAUCAUAGUAACAAUGGUACCCCUGUACGCUAUGGACAGUGCUGGGUCUUUGCUGGAGUGUCCACGACAGUCUUGAGGUGUUUGGGGAUUCCCACUCGGACAGUGACCAACUAUAACUCCGCCCAUGACACAGACGUCUCCUUGACAACAGACGUGUAUUUAGACGAGAACCUGAACCCUCUUAACAAUCUCAACAGAGACUCAGUUUGGAACUUCCAUGUGUGGAAUGACUGCUGGAUGUCGCGCCCCGACCUGCCGGCGGGCAUGGGGGGCUGGCAGGCUGUGGACGCCACACCCCAGGAGACCAGCCAGGGCACUUUCCGCUGUGGCCCGGCCUCUCUGACUGCUGUCCGCAAUGGCCAAGUCUACCUCAAACACGACGCUGCCUUCGUGUUCGCCGAGGUGAACAGUGACAAGAUCUAUUGGCAGAGGAAUGUGGAUGGGACAUUUUCCCAAAUCUACAGCGAGAAGAAGACAGUGGGACACUCUAUCAGCACCAAAGCAGUUGGAUCGGAUCAACGGAAUGAUAUCACACAUCUGUACAAACAUCCAGAAGGCACGGAGGAGGAGCGUAUAGCUGUAGAGACUGCAUGUAGAUAUGGGACCAAAGCCGAAGCCUACACCUCUCCCACAGCAGAGGAUGUGUCUCUGCAGGUGUCCAUGGAGGGGACAGGUCCACAGAUGGGGAGAGACGCAGAUUUGACUGUUAGUCUGAAAAACAGCAGCUCUGAAAACAGGACUGUCUUACUGCACAGUCAGGCUGCAGUCAUGUACUACACUGGAGUGCAUAAAGCCACUGUGCGGAGAGACACCACAGACAUAAACCUGCUCCCCAAUGAAGUGAAAAUGUUGGACUGGAGUCUGGAGUACAAGGACUAUAAGGAGGAGCUGGUGGACCAGGCUGCUCUCAUGCUCACUCUGUCAGGCAGGGUCAAAGAAACGCAGCAAGUGUUAGCCACGCAGUACAGUUUCCGCCUCCGCAGCCCAGACCUGACGCUAAAGCCGAUCGGUAAAGCAGUAGUCGGGGAGAAGAUGACAGUGGAGAUUUUAUUCACAAACCCACUCCCGCAGAAGUUGAAGGGGGUUCUGUUUCAUGUGGAAGGGCUGGGACUUAUGACUGCCCAAGCUAAACAUUAUGGUGAUAUAGACAGCCAUGCUUCUGUGUCUAUGACUGUAAACUUCGUGCCCACUCUGUCUGGAAUGAGGAAAUUACUGGCUUCACUGGACAGCAGUCAGCUCACACAGGUCCAUGGAGUGGUCAGCAUCAACGUGGAGGAAAAGAACAACGCAACCCUAUUGCGAUUUUAAGGAAGAAAUGAAAGUGUGUUAUUAUGACUGUUGUUUUUCUGUAUUUAUGAAGACUUAAUUUUGAGUGGGUGAAUAAGAAAAUUGCGCAAGGAUCAAAAGAUUGAAAGUAAUUACACUGAAAAAGUGUGAUUUCAACUCUGAAGUAUUAACUUGCAUCAUGUUUUUAAAGGUUUAGGUGUUGUGACAUGCUGCUCUAAUAUGCACAUUUUUAUGAUGCACUAAAAAUACACAGUUCAGGCAUUACAUUCUGACCAACUUCCAAAUGCAACAGAGAAAAACCCUGUGUAUUGAGACGUAUUUCUGGAGUUAGAAUUAACUUCUUAAACACUUAUAUAAUAUUGGGCCAGACAAGACGACCAAGCUGGCUCUCCCCACUUGCAUCACCUUUCACUAGUUCACAUGUUUGUGCCUUGAACAAUUUUUAUAGAUGUUGAGUUAGGGUGCAGAUUUGUAUACUGUAUUCUUACCUAUAACUCAACUAAAAUCCUCAUGUUUGCCAAUUUUGACUUCUUAAGUCAAAACACAUAAGUAUAUUGUUUGUGUCUAUAUUCUCCAG